UGAGAGGACCACGGAGGAUAAGGCCAGGCGAGGAGACCAUGGAUGGCAUCACACGUGAGGCAAAAGAAAGACACCUACUUUGGUGAUGGACAGAGGAAAAAGGACUGGCAUAACAAAGAAGCUAUCAGGAGGGACUCUGAGCGUGUAGGAAAUGGAGAACAGGGAAAACCUUACCCUAUGACGGAUGCAGAGCGAGUGGACCAGGCGUAUAGGGAAAAUGGCUUUAAUAUCUUUGUGAGUGAUAAAAUUUCUCUGAAUCGUUCCCUUCCAGACAUCAGGCAUCCAAACUGCAAGAAUAAGCUGUACCUGGAGAAGCUGCCAAACACCAGUGUGAUAAUACCUUUCCACAACGAGGGAUGGUCCUCUCUCCUCCGGACGGUGCACAGUGUCCUGAACCGCUCCCCUCCUGAGCUGAUCGCGGAGAUCGUGCUGGUGGAUGACUUCAGUGACAGAGAACACUUGAAGAAACGCCUGGAAGAUUAUAUGGCCCAGUUCCCAAAUGUAAGAAUCCUCCGAACCAAAAAGAGAGAAGGGCUGAUAAGAACUCGGAUGCUGGGAGCCUCGGUGGCCAUUGGGGAUGUCAUCACCUUCUUGGAUUCCCACUGCGAGGCCAACGUGAACUGGCUGCCUCCUCUGCUGGAUCGCAUUGCCCGAAACCGCAAGACUAUCGUUUGCCCUAUGAUCGAUGUUAUUGAUCAUGACCACUUUGGAUAUGAGACUCAGGCUGGAGACGCAAUGCGAGGUGCAUUUGACUGGGAGAUGUAUUACAAGAGGAUCCCUAUUCCUCCUGAGUUACAGAAACUUGAUCCCAGUGAUCCUUUUGAGUCUCCUGUAAUGGCUGGAGGACUGUUUGCAGUCGAUAGAAAGUGGUUCUGGGAGCUGGGAGGGUAUGAUGCAGGUCUGGAGAUAUGGGGAGGAGAGCAGUAUGAAAUAUCCUUUAAGGUAUGGAUGUGUGGGGGUCGCAUGGAGGACAUCCCUUGCUCUAGAGUUGGUCAUAUCUACAGAAAAUAUGUUCCGUACAAGGUUCCAACAGGAGUCAGCCUGGCAAGAAACCUGAAGCGAGUGGCUGAGGUGUGGAUGGAUGAAUACGCAGAGUACAUUUACCAGCGCAGACCGGAGUACCGGCAUCUCUCUGCAGGGGACGUCGCCGCUCAGAAGGAACUUCGCAACAACCUCAACUGCAAAAGCUUCAAGUGGUUCAUGAACGAGGUCGCGUGGGACUUGCCAAAGUUCUACCCACCAGUGGAACCUCCGGCAGCUGCCUGGGGAGAGAUACGCAACGUAGGAACCGGACUGUGUGUGGAUACCAAGCACGGAGCCCUGGGAUCCCCACUGAGGCUGGAAAACUGUGUGAAGGACAGAGGAGAGACAGCAUGGAACAACGUGCAGGUAUUCACCUUCAGCUGGAGAGAAGACAUCCGUCCUGGGGAUCCUCAGCACACCAAGAAGUUUUGUUUUGAUGCCAUUUCCCACAACAGCCCUGUCACCCUCUAUGAUUGUCAUGGAAUGAAGGGGAACCAGCUCUGGAGAUACCGGAAAGACAAGACUCUCUACCAUCCAGUAAGCAGCAGCUGUAUGGACUGCAGUGAGAGUGACCGAAAGAUCUUUAUGAAUAGCUGCAACCCUUCAUCUCCAACACAGCAGUGGAUAUUUGAACAUACAAACUCAACCGUCUUGGAAAAAUUUAACAGAAAUCUUGAUCUUUAAAAGACUGAGAAAUAUAUAUAUAUUUUACAAUUAUAGUUUUUACUGGGGAGGGUUACAAAAAAUUUUUUUAAGAAUACUUUUUUUUAAACAGUUAAUGAAGGUAAAAGGGAGAAUCUUAGGAGAAGGUUAACUAGCAGGCCAGUCUUUAUUGCAAAGAUGCUGCAUCCUUCUCUUCUGGGGAUGGUGGAAUUUUAAAGGCUUUGCCAGAGCCACUUCUGUGCUGAGACUGAACAGAAACUCUGUUUUUAGAGGAGUCUGAAUGUGAUUCAAACUGCUUUGUUUUGGUUUGGUUCGGUUUUGCCUUUUUUUUUGUUUUGUUACAUUUCCCACCUGGGUCUGGUGUUAAAUGAUUUUGUUAUCCGGGACCCUCCAGGACUUUUUGUAGCUGCUAAACUACUCGCUGAAGCAUUCCCAUGUAGGUGCUUUAUUUUCCAAAGUCCAUCUAAGCAAAAUCUUGAACACAAGAUUUAAUCCUCUGACCAUCAUAGACAUGAAAAAAAAAAAGGGCCAUCAAAACGUAAGAUGAAAUUACUAUUUUUUUUGCCCUAAACCAAAAUAUAUUUCAAACAGGUUGAGUGUUAUUACUUUCCAAAUCAUAGCUCUGAUAAAGGAAUGAGCUGUAGUAGAAGUGCAGCCAAGUGUUGGGAAGAUUGCUGCAGUUAUUAAUGAUGAGGAAUCUGGGUUUCUGGUCCAUUCACUUUGCAGUCAGUUUGUCACUCACUGUUGAAUCUUCAAGGUGAAAGAUGAGCAGAGGGUUUUUCAAGUAAGCACAGUUCUUACAGGUGUCGAUUUUUGCUAAGAGCCUUUGGGUAUCAUGUUCCACAUUUCCCUCUCAUUCAGAGUCUUUUUAGUACAGAUACGUCUAGGGUUUCUCAGAGUUAAAUCUACUACAUGAAGGCAACUUCCAUUUUUCCUUUAGAGGUUUGAAAGCUAACUUAAUUCGCAGUUGGUGUGAGCAGAUUAAUUCAGGAUAAUUAAGUCAGGGCUGCGAUGAGCCAUUGGUCUUUAUCCAUUUGUCCUUUAGUCUGUAGUUUGUUGCAGUCAUGAGGUCUGUAGUGAGUGGUGUUCCAGCCUUGUGGGAAGAUGCCAUUAGUCUCUCCUCCCUUCCCCACAUCCACAGCACUGUAUGCUUUACUGUGACUGGAAAUCUGUUUGCUUAAGCAGAGAUGUGGGAUUGAUGGGCCCAUUUCACUAACACCCUGUCCCUUGUUAAGUCCCUUAGCAGUGCAAGGUGUUACCCUUCUGGUUUGAUGCAGGAUCUGCCAGACACUGAAAGGGAAUUGUCUCAUCCCGGGAGCUGGAAAAAAGUACUGACUCUAAAGGAUGAAUGGAGGACCGUUGGUUUCAAGUCUAUCUGAACUGAGUGUUUAAAAAAAACCCCACACUGGUUAAAAAUUAA